CAUCUUCAGAUUCACCUCAUCUUGGCCAGAACAUUACAGCCUGGUCUACUGCUGCCGAGAUUUGGGCUCAAUCUGUUAACAAUUUAUCGUUUCAUCAGCAACGAUGAGCUCCACAACACAGCCAGCUCUGGAGGCCUUGAUUUCAGCUCCUAAAUGACAUUUAUGUAGCAUCUUUCAUCUAAGUACUAAUGAAGCCUCACACACUUCUGAGAGAUGGAAAAUGUUUGGGAUGCAUUACAGAAGCCUCUUAUGAGAAGCAUCUUAACUACCCAGAACGAUUUGGACGCCUGCAGAGGGGUCAUUCUACGGUAUCCCCCACCAUGUAUUGGAAUAGACUUUGGGGCUAUGAUGGAGUUUCUGGACGUGAACAGCUCUUUGCUCAGCAAAGAAUGCACAGUAUGAUCAGCUCAGUGGAUGUAAAGUCAGAGGUUCCUGUGGGAUUGGAGCCCAUCACACCACUGGACUUGCGAACAGAUCUCAGGAUGAUGGUUCCCAUGGUGGACCCAAUUAUGCGUGAAAAGCAGCUCCAGCAGGAGCUACUUCUGAUCCAGCAGCAGCAGCAAAUUCAGAAACAACUUCUGAUUGCGGAGUUUCAGAAACAGCAUGAAAACUUGACCCGACAGCACCAGGCCCAGCUCCAGGAGCACAUAAAGGAACUCCUCGCCAUUAAACAACAGCAGGAACUCCUUGAAAAGGAGCAGAAACUGGAGCAGCAGAGGCAAGAGCAGGAACUAGAGAGACAUCGCAGGGAACAGCAACUUCCUCCCCUCAGAGGCAAAGAGAGAGGCCGAGAAAGGGCAGUGGCAAGCACAGAAGUGAAGCAGAAACUUCAAGAGUUCCUGUUGAGUAAAUCAGCAACAAAAGACUCUCCAACUAAUGGGAAGAAUCAUUCCACGAGCCGCCACCCCAAGCUCUGGGCUGCCCACCAUACCUCACUGGAUCAAAGCUCUCCACCCCUGAGCGGGGCCUCUCCAUCAUACAAAUACACUUUACCAGGAGCACAGGAUGCCAAGGAUGAUUUUCCACUUCGAAAAACUGCCUCAGAGCCCAACUUGAAGGUGCGUUCCAGGUUAAAACAGAAGGUGACAGAAAGGAGAAGCAGCCCCUUACUCAGGCGGAAGGAUGGAAAUGUUGUCAGUUCAUUCAAGAAGAGACUGUUUGAAGUGACAGAGUCAUCAGUUAGUAGCAGUUCUCCAGGAACAGGGCCCAGCUCACCAAGCAAUGGCCCUACUGGAAGUGUGACAGAAAAUGAAACCUCACUUUUGCCAUCUAAUUCUCAAGCUGAGCACUUGGUUUCUCAACAACGUAUUCUGAUUCAUGAAGAAUCAAUGAACCUGUUGAGUUUGUAUACGUCUCCUUCUUUGCCCAACAUUACCUUGGGACUUCCAGCGGUACAAUCCCAGCUCAGUGCUUCAUCUUCACUUAAAGAAAAACAGAAGUGUGAGACCCAGACCCUGAGGCAGGGAGUGGCUCUUCCUGGACUGUAUGGGGGAAACGUGCCUCCCUCUUCAGCUCAGCCUCAUAUUGCUCUAGAGGGAAAACCUAACAGUAGCCAUCAGGCUCUCCUGCAACAUUUGUUACUGAAGGAGCAAAUGAGACAGCAAAAGCUUCUUGUGACUGGAGGGGUUCCUCUCCAUCCACAGUCUCCAUUAGCAACAAAGGAAAGAGUCUCACCUGGCAUCAGAGUUGCCCACAAGUUGCCUCGCCAUAGGCCCCUGAAUCGAACCCAGUCAGCUCCACUGCCUCAGAGCACCUUGGCCCAGCUGGUCAUUCAGCAGCAGCACCAGCAGUUCCUGGAGAAGCAGAAACAGUACCAGCAACAGAUUCACAUGAACAAACUGCUCUCUAAAUCCAUUGAACAGCUAAAGCAGCCUGGCAAUCAUCUCGAAGAAGCUGAAGAAGAGCUUCAUGGAGAUCAUGCUAUGCAGGAAGAAAGAGCUCCCUCUAGUGGUAACAGCAUUAGGGAUGACAGCUGCAGCGUUUGUGUGGAUGACAGAAUAGGACAGCACGUGGGGGCUGUGAAAGUGAAAGAGGAGCCACUGGACACUGAUGACGAUAAUCAAACCCAGCAAAUGGAAUCUGGGGAGCAGGCUGCUUUUAUGCAACAGGUAAUAGGCAAAGAUUUAGCUCCAGGAUUUGUAAUUAAAGUUGUUAUUUGAACAUCAAAUGCAUUUUUAGGGCUUGAAUAAGAGAUUGACUGUCUUUUGAUUCAUGGAUCUAGCUAAUUUCAUUUUAGUGUUCAGAGAAUCUAACAAAAGUGGGUGCAUUUGUGUGCACUCCUAAAACAUAGUGACGCUCAUUUUAAAGGCCACUAAUUGAGAAAAUACUUGCUGCACUCAAUUAUUCUACAAAAGUCAGUGCAUAAUACAGAGAACUUGUUUUUGCUCUCGACUUCAUCACAUCAGUUAGUUCUAGGGAAACAGAACUCACUGUUGUUUAACUAAUUUGUUGAGAUCAGUAGUUGCUGGAGUCCGUUUCCAGAAUUGAUCAAUGAAACAUUCUUUCUCUGUUUUUGAAUUCUUCUGAUGUCUUGACUUUUUCCUUUCACCUAUAUGUAUACAAUGUAUCAUGCUGUAGUCUUGAACACUGUUAAGAGUAGGAUUGUUUCCUCCAUUAGGCAGAUAUUGGUUGCAAUACCAGAGGCCCUAGGUUUGUGUAUAGAGUAUGAUUAUGGAGAUAUUGGGAGUGCAAAGUGGAAGUAAACAUACAAGGCAAGGCACUAUUUAAAAGGUUUUUCCUUUUGCACUUCUUAGUGUAUUUUUCAUUCUUCCCUAUUUGAUUAUGUUGUCUACAAAGGCAUGAUCAAAUGAAGCAGAUUCAAAUAUUGGCAAGGAAUGAUAUGCAACAUUGUGUUCCAAUCAGAUAUUAGGGUAUAUCUGUAAUUGUAGAAAAAACACAGAUCAUCUGAUAGUCAAUACUUUUUUAAGAAAGACUAAUCAUAUAAUAUUGUACAACCUUUACCAUUAGGGUCUCACUGAAGUGCUAAAUUAAUGACAUAGUGUGUAAGACACCAAUGUGGCAAAAGGUCAUUUAAUUUGGUAAAAAGUAUUUUAACAAUUGCUAAAUGAUAAAUGCACUUAUAUAGACGGUACUUUCAGAAUGCUGGUGUCCUUUUUUUUGCUAUAAAAUCAGAACAACUCUGAAUGCAAAUAGAAGGCACUGUUUAUUUAAGUCAGUACUUUGUCAGGUCCCUGCUGUUCUCCUACAGAAAAGUGAUUCUGUGGGGGUGAACAGGAAAUGCCUUAUGGAAACAGGAAGUCCAAGUGAUUCAUGUACUGAGGAAUGUAAGGGGGUGGGGGAAGGAAUGGGGGGAUGGAUAGUGUUUUACUCUGUUUUUAAAGGGCACUCUAUGAAUUGAUUUAUUGUCAAAGAAAAUAACAAAGCAAGUAGGGAAAUUGUUAAGGAAGCUUUCCAGUGAAACAUUUCCUUCAUAUUCCCUUUUGAUAUGUUUACCUUGUUUUAUAGGUUUACUUUUGUUAAGCUAGUUAAAGAUUCAUUGUAUUAAGAUCUCUUUAGUAUGGAUAAUCCAAAACUGACCUGGAGUCCCUGUCAGUUUUUUUUCUAUUCAAAAUAUUUAUAUUUCUAAAGCUAAGGUAUUUUAAGGUGCAGUAUCCUGUUUCAAAAGAGAUAGCUGUUUUGCCAAAUGUAGAAGUUGUUCUAAUAUAUGUUAUUAGUAUGUGUUGUUUACAUUUUGCUCUAAUAUUAUAAAGUCCCUUAUAAAAUGUUGCGACUUCUAAAGAUACAUUAUCCUUUUCCAUAAAAAGUCUCCAAACAAAUUAAAUUACUUAAAUAGUUGCUGUAAAAGAAAGGCCUCCUGAAACAUUAAUAUCAGCUUUGAUAGGAAAGACUUGUUAAUUGACAAUAUAUGGUUUUUGCUUAAAUAUACCCCCCCGUCCUCCGCGCUUAAAUACAAAGAGGGAAAAUAACAUGCACAUUCAACAUAAUGAAGCAUAUAAAGAGGAAAACAUGUAUUUUCCCAUUCUGUUUAUAUUUCAUUUCCUACCAUGCCUAAUUUUAGCCUCACCAAAAAGGGAUAAUCAAUCUUUUAAAAUACAUUUUAUUUACAGAGGAACUUGCAAAUGAGAAGACUUUUGUACAAUAUCAUUUCAAAGAAGCGUAACAAACAACAAAAGAUAUUUUUAUAGUGUCAUUCAGGAAAGUUACCCCAGUAAAGCCAGUGGACUUUAAUUCUAUUCAAAUUUGAUAGCCUCUGAAUUGAAUCAAGAAACUACCUGGAACCAGUGAAAAGGAAAACUGGGUUGAAUAACAAUAUUUCUAAUUGAUAAUGUCUCUUACAUUUUAAAUCUACUGUAUUUAUUAUAAUCUACACCUUUGGAGGUGAUCUCUUGUUUUGUGUUGUAAAUAUAUUCUGUUUGUAUGUUCCCUUUCUUGCCUUCUGAUAUAAGUCUAUUUCUUUCUCAAAUAAAGCUUUUUUUUAAAAGA